AUGGGCACUGUUCAUGGUGAGCGGGUGUUGAAGGUAGCCCACUUUGGUGAUGCAUGUGGACUGAGGUAUGAUGGAGGUUUACACUUCGUCGCAUACCGCCAAUGGCAUCUUCACGAACAUUCUCUCCAUGCCAAACUUAACUUCGACCUUACCAUGAUGCUCGAGAAACAUCUCUCAUAUUUCGUUAAGCACCAUCCUCAAAUUUUGAUCUCGAAAUUACAGAUUCUAGUUCUUAUAACUCCCAAAUUCAGUAAUCCGAGUAUUAUUGAGGGGGGUGAAAUGGGAAAUGGGAAAAGUUUGGUGUUGCAGGAAGAAAAAUGUUGCAAAUUAACUAUCAAUAAAUAUUCACAAAUUCCUCAGCUAUACUAUGCCUUCUAUGGAAAUGACUCCAAAUUCCUCAUUUUUCUCAUGGCAUGGCUACCAACUGCUGCAGUUUUUCUGUUUCUUCCAGUUAUUAGAAUCCACAAGAGUGUUCAACAGCCAAAUGACACCAAAGCUUUAUACAGGUUCCUCUAUCUGACAUUAGUCCUUGCAGGGUUCCUCAUGUUUGUAACUGUAGCACCACAAUUUUUCACUUUCUCUCAGUUUCAGUAUCGUGUUACUACCACUGUGAUGCUUCUUUUACUCAUCCUUCCACUAUCUGUUGUUAUUGUGGAAGAACACAAGAUUUGGAAGAGAAAGCUAGAAAACAUCAAUAGGGAAGAUAGUCAGAAGCUGCUGGAAAACUAUCCAAACAUAGCUAGAGAAAAUUGUAAUCAAGAGAAAUCUUCCCAGGCUCCACAAGAAGAAGUCUCCUUUUGGGAAAACAUAUUCAACCCACCAGCAAGAGGUGAAGAUCAUACAAUACUUCAAGCCACUUUUACCCUUGACAUGGUGCUUCUCUUUUUAACCUCUAUUUGUUCACUUGGUAGCAACAUGACAAUGGUAACCAACUUGAGUCAAAUUGGAAUUUCAUUCGGAUACCCUUCUCAUACCAUAACCACAUUUGUGUCUCUUACAUCCAUUUGGAUGUAUUUGGGUAAGAUUGUUCAAGGGGUUGUGUCAGAGUUUAUCAUACUCAAAUAUAGAGUCCCUAGACCUCUCAUGCUCACAUCAUUGCUUUUGUUAUCUUGUGUUGGUCAUCUUUUAGUUGCCUUCAAUGUCCCGAAUGGCCUCUAUGUAGCCUCAAUUGUUAUUGGGUUCUGCUUUGGGGCUAACUGGCCAUUAUUCUUUUCUGUAAUAUCAGAACUUUUUGGCCUCAAACAUUAUUCAACACUGUACAAUUUGGGGAAGCUAGCAGGUCCAACUGGGUCAUACUUGCUCAGUGUGAGGGUUGCAGGGUAUCUGUAUGACAGGGAAGCCAUGAGGCAAAUGGAAGCUAUGGGGAAAAAAACAAGUCCAGGGGAGGAGCUGAACUGCAAUGGGGAAGAGUGCUUCAAGUUAGCAUUCAUUAUAAUCACUGCAGUUUGCUUGUUAGGGGCACUUCUGUCACUCAUUUUGGUCUUUAGGACUAAACAAUUCUACAGAAGUGACCUAUACAAGAGAUUCAAAGAAGCUAAAUCUGAUGAAACUGAAACAGGUUCUUGUUGCAACAGGAUUGAAUCAGCAGCAGCAAAUGAAGACCAAGUGACUUUGGCAAGGAAAUGGUCAGAGUAAUUUGAGAACCAUGUACAAUAUAACUGUUUAUUGUAAUUGUGUUAUAUUUCAAAAAGCCUGAGUUUUUUCUCAGAAUUUAUAUAACAGCAUGUCAGGUUCUUCAGAGGAAAAUACGUUCAAAACGUUAAAAGCAACAUGUUAGUGGGUAUUGUUAGUUGUGUUAAAAUCGUGCUUUUUAGUAAUUGAAAUUUAAUUAAUAUUUUUGCUAGUUAAUUAAGUCAGCAAAUUCCUAAACUUCAGGAACUUUUAAAGUUUCUGUUUUA